UUUCAUCCACGGUGUGUGCAGGUCGUCAGGGAAGUGGUGGGCGUUCCUCCGUGUUCGUUUGCUGACUGUUGAUGCUGAGAUCUCGCUAUUUCUCAAACCAGCUCUCCAGAUGUUUCUCCCUACGCUCGUAGAGGACAUGAAUCAUUUUAAGCCUAGUCGAGAUAGACUGUACACCACCCGCUGUUGCGGAUGUUGCCACGUCCGAACGGGGACCAUCAUCCUGGGAACAUGGUACAUGGUGGUCAACCUGUUGAUGGGCAUCCUUCUGACCGUGGCUGUGACCCACCCAGAGAACGUUCCCACCAUCGACUUGCAGUAUGAGGUCAUCGACCAUUACUUUGCCUCUGACAGGAUGUCUGAAAAUGCCUGUGUUGGAUUUGCCAUCUCUCUGCUGAUGCUUACGAUUAGUGCCAUGAUGGUGUAUGGAGCCAUUACUCACCGCGACGGCUGGCUCAUUCCCUUUUUCUGCUACCAGCUGUUUGACUUUGCUCUGAGCUGCCUGGUGGCCAUCAGUUCUCUCACCUACCUGCCCAGGAUCAGGGACUACCUGGACCAGCUGCCGGAUUUCCCGUACAAAGAUAAUCUCCUCUCAAUGAACUCCAGCUGCCUGCUGCUCUUCGUGCUGGUGUUCUUCGCAUUCCUCAUCAUCCUCAAGGCUUACUUGAUCAACUGUGUGUGGAACUGCUACAAGUACAUCAACAACAGGAACAUGCCAGAGAUUGCUGUGUACCCCGCCUUUGAGACGCCUCCCCAGUACAUCCUACCCACCUAUGAGAUGGCAAUGAAGAUGCCAGAGAAGGACCCGCCUCCCCCCUACAUGCCAGCCUAAGCACCAGCCCUGUUGUCAAAACAACACAGCCAUCAUAUGCAUUUCUACAUUCCCUCACUUCCAGCCCUCUCUGAACACCAUUAUGCCCUUAUCCCCCUCUCUCAUCCUCUGUGUCUGUGCAAGGCUUCUGAAGAUGUCUUUGUUUCACCUUUCCCCUGUAUUUCUUUAGAAUGUCUGUAGACCAUCCCAGGGAUGUGAGAGGAAGAAGGUGGGAAGCUUAAAUCUGUGUGAAUAAGAAUGAAUGAAUGUGAUGCUUGAAAAGUGCCAGAAGGACCCCCCUCCAUCCUUUCCUGCCGACAAGCCCCAGCCUUUUUUAUGUCUUAGUCAAAGGGAUAUGUGAAAAUUAAAAUAGCUUGAAAUGCUCUCAUCAAUCCAGCACCAUCCUAUCAAUAGAUUAAUAUACUGUAUAAAGUGUUUUAAAUUAUAAAGAAGAAAAAAAACUAUGACAAUCCACUCAUUAUAGCCCAUAUUGUUGAGUUGUGUAAAGAUUCCCCAAAUUGUUGAGACCUAGACUAUUCCACCUCAGUCUUGAAUUGAGCCUGUAGCACUUUUUGUCUGUUAUUUAUUUAGCUUUGUCGUGGUUCAGCUCACCACCACCCCAGAAGUCCUCGCCGUUCUGCUGCCCUGAUGUCUGAGCAAAACCUGCUAGUGAACGGUUUUUCCAGCUGGGACUGAGAGAGCAAAGGGCCUCGGUGACGGAUCCUUCCCUCAGCCCCUGUUACACCUGACAUCUGGAGUCUUGUGAACAUUGGGUUGUUGUUUUUUUGCAUGCUUAUCAGCAGCCACUUCACCAUUACUUUAAUAGUGAUAUCAUUUCUUCCUAGUGGAAUUACAUUUGAAUUCAAUAAACGUCUAAGAAAAA